CCCACCCCUGGAGUGAGAAGGUAUCCCUGUGACGUACUUGUUAACAGUCCGUUUCCGGGGUGGAGCCAGGGAGGGCGGGGAGUUCAGGCUGCGCCGACCCCUCAACCCCCCUUCAGGAGACGUUCGGAACCCUGGACAUGUCGCGAUUGAGGAGAUACGAGGUGGCGCUGGAAGCGGAGGAGGAGAUCUACUGGGGCUGCUUCUACUUUUUUCCUUGGCUGCGAAUGUGGCGCAGGGAGCGGAGCCAGGGACUAAGUCUGGAAACACCCAGGCUCCUGCUGACAAGCUGGCAUCCCCAGAACAGGACUAAGCCAAAACAAGAAGCCUUGCCACUGUCAGCUAGCACUUCCUGCUGCACUCAGCUCUACAGACAGCCUCUCCCAAACAAGCUACUAAGGAAGAUCAUCUAUGUGGAAGUGCAGAAGGCUGAUGCGGAAUGUCACCUCCAGGCUUUCGUGCUUCACCUGGCUCGGCGCAGUGUUUGCAUCCAUCCCAAGAACCGCAGCCUGGCUCGGUGGCUUGAUCGCCAAGGAAAAAAGCUCCAGGGGACUCUACCCAACUUAAAUCCAAUAUUACAAAGGAAAACAGACUAGAGCCCCCAAAGGCAAAAGUAAUAAAGCAGAAUUAGACUAUUUUCUCCAAAAAUGUAUUCAGCCUCUUUAUUUCAACUCUUCACAGACCCAAAGGCCAAGACCAAGAGCCAAGGACCAAUACAAAUUCUCUAGGCAUCUAUAUACACACAAUGCAGAGACUAUACAUUCCCUAUCUCACAUAUGCACAGUCACAUAUGAACAUAGACAUAUACACCUACACAUAUUCCUCAGGUGGACCUCCACUGUUAGGAUGGCAUCAGGGUCCAGAUACCUUUUAGCUGCAGCAAGUUUGGAAUA